GGGUUACGUGGAUCAUUGAUACGUGGCAGCAGAGCUUGAGUUUGGGGAAGUGCGGUAGCUGAUGGUUGUAGGCCAGGUUAUUUGCUGCUCGUCAACCACCCUUAUGUCCAAUAUGUACCGACAUAGCCCUUUGCUCUUCUACUCGCUGGUUUGUACUGUAAUCUUUAAUUACAUUUGCGCGAAAGUAGAAGAAGAAGUAAAGAUUGAAGUUGUAUACAAGCCAGAACACUGUGAUGUGAAGAGCAAACGCGGAGAUGCGCUUAAUGCACAUUAUGAUGGUUACCUAGCAAAAGACGGGUCCCAGAUUUACUGCAGUCGUACAGACAAUGAAGGCCAUCCUAAGUGGUUUAUUCUUGGUGUCGGGCAAGUGAUAAAAGGAUUAGACAUUGGUAUGACAGGCAUGUGUGAAGGAGAAAAAAGAAAGUUAAUUAUACCACCUUCCCUGGGAUUUGGUGAAAUUGGCAGAGAUAAGAUACCACCCAAUUCAACCCUGCUUUUCGAAAUUGAACUCUAUGCAGUGAGACAAGGGCCACGGAGCGUGGAAUCUUUUAAGCUCAUUGACUUGGAUGGUGAUAAAAAGCUUUCCCGUGAUGAGCUGAAGAUAUAUUUGCAAGAGGAGUUUAAGAGAGAUAAUAGGAAUCAAGAUCCUAGCUACAAAGAUCGUGUACUCACAGAUAUACUCAUAAGGAAUGAUCAUAAUGGAGAUGGCUACAUUUCUGUCAGAGAGUACAAUGUUUUUCAGCAUGAUGAGCUGUAGCAUUUGUGCUCGUAAGAUAAUUUAGUAUCUACCUAACUGAAAUGGUGUUUUUUUAAAUACCACUGAGUAUUUUAAAAAUACUUUCCUUGUUACUUCACAACACAAAAUAUUUUUGCCAAAAUGUUGACCUUUUGAUACUUUGAAGUUAUUUUAAACCUAAUAUCAUGGUUAAUAUUCAUAAAAUACUGUGGAACUGGGAUCACUCCAGUGUUUGUAUUUAAAAGAAAUAUUGAAUUGUACAAUGACCAUUUAAAUAAAUGUUUUGAAAUGAA